AUGGCAUUCACCAAUUAUAGCAGUCUUAACCGAGCUCAACUAACCUUUGAAUACCUACACACAAAUUCAACCACUCAUGAAUUUUUGUUCGGAGCCCUUGCUGAGCUGGUUGAUAACGCGAGAGAUGCCGAUGCCACCCGAAUAGAUAUCUAUGCUGAAAGACGAGAGGACCUGCAAGGUGGUUUCAUGCUGUGUUUUCUGGACAACGGAGUGGGAAUGGAUCCAAAUGAUGCCAUCAGUGUGAUCCAAUUUGGGAAAUCAGGGAAACGAACCCCAGAGUCCACACAGAUUGGGCGGUAUGGGAAUGGGCUAAAAUCGGGCUCAAUGCGCAUUGGGAAGGAUUUUAUCCUCUUUACCAAGAAGGAAGACACCAUGAGCUGCCUCUUCCUGUCUCGAACCUUUCAUGAGGAAGAAGGCAUUGAUGAAGUGAUAGUUCCAUUGCCCACCUGGAAUACGCAGACACGAGAACCUGUCACAGACAAUCUGGAGAAGUUUGCCAUCGAGACAGAACUCAUCUACAAGUAUUCUCCUUUCCACAACGAGGGAGAAGUGAUGACGCAGUUCAUGAAGAUAUCUGGGGAUAGUGGGACCCUGGUGAUCAUUUUUAAUCUCAAGCUCAUGGACAACGGAGAGCCAGAACUAGACAUAACCUCAAAUCCAAAAGACAUCCAGAUGGCAGAUUUGUUCCAAGAAGGCGUGAAGCCAGAGCGACACUCCUUCGGUGCCUACGCUGCUGUUCUUUACAUUGAUCCUCGGAUGAGGAUUUUCAUUCAUGGGCACAAGGUGCGAACCAAAAAGCUCUCCUGCUGCCUGUACAAGCCCAGGAAAUACACAUUCACAUCAAGCCGUUUCAAGACUCGGGCAGAGCAAGAGGUGAAGAAAGCAGACCAGGUAGCACGACUUGCUGAAGAGAAGGCUCGGGAAGCAGAGAGCAAAGCUCGUGCGUUAGAAGUACACAUAGGUAAGGACAUCUCCCGGGACUCCAGGGUGAUGUUGCGGCAGGCCCAGAAUACAGCCAUCACCCUUCGAAGAGAAGCUGAUGUCAAGAAAAGGAUCAAGGAUGCCAAGCAGCGAGCACUCAAAGAACCUAAGGAACUGAAUUUUGUUUUUGGGGUCAACAUUGAACACCGUGACCACGAUGGCAUGUUUAUCUACAACUGUAGCCGCCUGAUCAAGAUGUAUGAGAAAGUGGGCCCGCAGCUGGAAAAGGGCAUGACAUGUGGUGGGGUUGUUGGGGUCAUCGAUGUGCCCUACUUGGUCCUGGAGCCGACACACAACAAGCAAGACUUUGCUGAUGCCAAGGAGUACCGCCACCUGCUGCGAGCCAUGGGGGAGCAUCUGGCACAAUACUGGAAGGACAUAGCCAUUGCCCAGGGUGGAAUCACUAAGUUCUGGGAUGAGUUUGGCUACCUCUCUGCCAACUGGGCCCGGCCCCCAUCGGAUGAGCUGCAUUUCAAACGCAGGAGGUCAAUGCAGGUCCCUACCACCAUACAGUGUGAUCUGUGUCUGAAAUGGAGGACCCUUCCCUUCCAGUUAAGUGCCGUAGAAGAAGGUUAUCCAGACAACUGGGUUUGCACCAUGAACCCUGAUUCUGAGCAGGACCAGUGUGAGGCUUUUGAACCGAAGCCGAAGAUUCCUAUUGGAAUAUUAAAAAAGGCUCGAAAGACCCAAGAAGAAAGGCAGAAGCAGCUGACAGAGAAUAUUUGUCAACAGCAGAGGAAGCUUGAGGCCCUUGAGAAAACCAAGCCCAUCUGUUGCCAAGGUGACCUGAAAAAAUUACCCUUGGAAGUGACCUCCAGACCUCUCACCAAAUGUGCUGCUCAGAGCCUUCAACCACCUUUGUGGGGAGUGAGCAAGAAUACCCAAAGAAUAACCCAGUCCAUGUAUGCUCCUAGACCAUCCAGACAGCUCCAAAAGGCUUCUGUCUUCUGCACCAACCCCAACUCUCCUGCUUCGACAGCCCAAAGGAAGACCAUCCUGAUCUACCCAUCUGAGACACCCCCAAAAUCAGUGGUGCCCCUGGUAAAAAUUGUACCCCAGCCCACUCCUCUGGUCCAGUCCUACCUGUCAAUGUCUGUAGUCCCUAAUUCCAACCACCUUUGCAAGGCGGAAACCCCUGAAGCCGUGAAGACUCCAGUGCUGGAGAACCCAGAUCCACCCGUAAAUCCCUCACCAGCAUGGUGGGAUUGUAAACGAAGUCUUGAGACCUCUGAUGAGGAAGAGGCUGAGGAGAGAAGGAUGGAGUCACGCAAACGAAGCAGGUUGACUGUGAAGGAGGAAAAGAUGCCUGCAAACCACCUCUCGGACAGUUCUGAGGAGGAGGGUCCAGCUGACCUCAAGACGGCUCAGCAGGAUAAAGGUCUGUACGUGGAGGUGCGGGUGAAAGGGGAGUGCUACAAGGGCCACGUCACAGCCGUGGAGGUGGGAGACAAUGUGGUCUGGUGGAAGGUCAAGUUUGAGGAUGCGCCCGAGGAUACUACACCAGGAAACUGCUGGGUUGAAAAAGGCAGUGAAAAUGUGUGGCUGACGAAGCUGUCUCCGGAGUAUCAGAGCACUGAUUGGCAGCAAGAGGGUGUGAAGGAGGAAGGCAACACGGUGGACCAACAGGCUGUGGCAUUAGAGGGGACCUCCACCUCUGACUGCUUCCGCACUGAACCCGACACUACUGCUCUAAAGGCCAACCACGAGACCAGUGACCUCCUGGUCCAGAUUCUCUGGAACUGCUUACAUUAUUUCAUGCCUCUGAGCUUUUCCAUAUCCAAGAAGGAGCUGGGUGCUAUGAAUUCAGAAGAAUUGCUGUCUCUUCCUCUGAAAGAGUGCUUCAAGCAAUACGAAGCCGGGCUCCAGAAUCUCUGUAAUUCCUACCAAAGCUCCGCCGACUCAAGAGCCAAGGCAUCCGAGGAGAGCCUGCGCAUCUCCCAGGAGAAACUUCGGGAGACAGAGGAGAAACUCCAGAAACUUCGGAGCAAUGUUCUGGCACUCCUGCAGAAAGCACAAGAGGACCUAAACAUCAGCACAGAUGACGAGCUGGAUGCCUACAUUGAGGAUCUCAUUACCAGUGAUGACAGAGAGACCAGGGGACAGAUCAGCACCCCCUACUCAACACAGGAGCUUCCAAGGAGGCAGGUUUCAUGA